AUGGAAAUGAGUUGUGUGGUAAUUGAAAACAAUUUAGAAUUUCUUGGAUGGGAUGUAUAUGUAUCUUCUUAUAAUUCUUCCCAAAAUGUUACUAUUUUUGGUGGAAAUGGUACCUCUACCCAUUAA